AUGGAGAGGGUCACCGACGUAGUGUUGUGCGUCGCCGUCGCCGGCGUCUGUGCCGACUCCGCGGGCCGCCCGGCGCGCGAGUGCGGUUGCCGCGUGCGCCAGCUGUCAGACUGUACGUGUGGGCGCGCAGAGGCAGGGCAGAGCCACUACUGCAAGGGCGUGUUUCCUUUGUGCGCGGACGUGACUACGACCGACGACGUGAUUUCGCGCAUCAAGGCUGCUAUGCAUGUGGGCCCCGCUGCGGCCGUGACUCUGCAGGACCAGCUGAGCGCCGUGAACGCACAGGCCGGCGACAAGUACGACAGCAUCGCCAGACCAGGCGUCGACGAGGCAGCGUGCCAGCAGUUCGAGAGGCUGAUCUUGGAGUGGAUGCGCCAGCGCCCCCAGGAUGCCAUGCAGAUUCGAGGUCGCCAGGGCGAGCUGGCGGUGCAGAUCGCGCGCGGCCUCGUGGACUUCGCGGCGCGCGCCGCGAAGAACUUCCAGGCGUUCGAGGCGCAGGUGGCGGCUGGGGAGGUGGCGAUCAAGGACUUGGACGAGGGCCCACAAGCUCCGCCGGUGAGCUUUCUGAGUCACGGCAAGGACGAGGCAGGCUCGACGUGCCGACUCUUGAAGCUCAUGUUGAAACAUCUACUCCAUCUUCACUGCACUUCAGACGCCAAAGACAACCGGCUUGCGAGGAACACCCCGCGGAUCUUCCUCAACGCCGACGACGUCUAUUCACAGUCCGAGCUGCGGACCAGCGCCGAGGAGUGCAAGGGCCUCAUCUUGGUCUUGACGAGCACCGUAUUCUAUCGGCCCUGGGUCAUCUGCGAGUUUGUCACAGCCCUGCGCCUGGGAAUACCCAUCGUCCCCGUCGAGGUGGCCAGCUCGGGCACCCGGGCCACCGCCCAGAACAUCGGCGAGCUGCUAUCGGAGAACGUGUCCGACAGCGUCAUCAGCCUGGCGGCGCAGUACCGCCCGAACCUUGAGCGCCAGCAGCUGGGGGCCUGCUGCAAGAGCAUCCUGGGCUCCUGGCGGGCCGUGAUCGAGCUGGGCGCCUCGACCUCGUCCCGGUGGGCGUCCGCCCUCGACCCGGCGCGGCUGCCGAAGGGGCCCUCGCUCGACCCGGGGCGAGGGCUCCCUCGCGAGUGUAUGCCCUGGAUCUCGCCGCCCAGGACCUGGCGCGCAGCUUCAUGCCCCAGGCGCAGGCGGAUCAGGACUACGCCGCUUUCAUUUCAUACCACCGCACACAGGACCAUCAGGUCGUCGCGGGCGUCGUCGCGAUAA